CCUCCGGCGGUCACCUCGAUCUGUUUCAGUUUUUGUUCGAGUUAAGUCCUCGAUUUUGGAGAGUCUUGAGGAACUGGAUCGGGGACAGUCAUGGAGGGUCUGGAGAAGCAGCUGGUUUGUCCAAUCUGUCUGGAGAUGUUCUCUAAACCAGUGGUCAUCCUGCCAUGUCAACAUAACCUCUGCAGGAAGUGUGCCAACGACGUCUUCCAGGCAGCGAACCCGUAUUUGUCCACUCGUAGUGGCUCCACAGUGACCUCUGGUGGACGCUUCCGCUGUCCGUCCUGCCGUCAUGAAGUUGUUUUGGACAGACAUGGAGUCUACGGACUCCAACGCAACCUAUUGGUGGAAAACAUCAUCGACAUGUACAAGCAGGAGCCCAGUAAGGCACCGGCAGCGCAGGUGAGGCCGGAGCCCCAGCUCAGGUGUUCCGAGCACGAGGACGAGAAGAUCAACAUCUACUGUGUGAGCUGCAGCGCCCCCACAUGCUCGUUGUGUAAAGUGUUCGGUGUGCAUAAAGACUGCCAGGUGGCGCCGUUGGAUACAGUAUUCACAUCCCAGAAGGCUGAACUCACUGACUGCAUCUCUAUGCUGGUCGGAACCGGAGACCGGAUCAGAAGCUUCAUCAGUGAACUGGAUCAGAACUGCCGUGCUGUGGAAGAGAAUGGAAGGCGGCAAAAGUCAAAGGUCUGUGAGUCGUUCGAUCACCUGUUUGCUGUGCUGGAGGAGAGGAAGAGUGAGCUGACGGUCCGAAUCAGCGCCGAGCAGGAGGAAAAGCUGGACUAUGUCCGCGGGCUCCGCCGGAAGUACAGCGAGCACCUGGAGAACUCUGUAAAGAUUCUGGAGAAUGCCAUCCAGACUCUGGAGGAAUCAGAAAUGGCAGUCUUCUUACAGGCAGCCAGACCGCUGCUGCGCAGAAUGGUGGAAGAAACCGACCACCGUCACCUGGACAAAGUUCAGCUCGGCUACGAGAACAUGGAGCAUUUCAAAGCCAACUUUUCCCACCAAAGACGGGCUCUGGAGAGCAUCAACUUCCUGACAGCCCAAGAAGAAGGCCGAGAAGGUGUGAAGUCGGUGAUAGGGAUGUCUCCGGUCCUGCCAAAUCCUCCAACAACGCAGGCCAUUCACCCCACAGCUCCUCCACCUCAGAGAUCCCAAGAGGCUCUGGUACCUAACAGGUCCACAGACUCCCCACUGAGGGCCACAGUGAAUCCAUCCCCUCAGAUAGCCACAGAGGCUCUGCCCCCUCAGAGAACUGCAGCAAACCCACCACCUCAGAGAACCACAGCAAAUCCAACCCUGCAGACAUCGACUGAGACUCCGCCCGCUCCUGCCACACCCAGGGACGUGAGCGUGUCGUCUGAGGUCCAGCCGGAGGACGAAGACGGACAGAGACACGUUUUCUCCUUCAGCUGGUUGAACCAAAAAUGACAACAUGGUCUUCAUCUUCAUCAUCACCCACUUCACCCUCAUCUUCAUCAACCUGUG